UCCGCCGCUGCACAACAGUACGUUGUAUCUACUAUGUAACACGAUUGCGCUCCUCGUAUCUGAAGGAAGAGUGAAAUUAACCUUAGAACAACCGUCGGGCGAGCUAGCUUAAAAAAAAUUAAAAAAAAAAAAAAAAAACAGUCGGGCGAGCUAGCCAGAAGGUUGCUAGCCAAAAGGUUCAUCGUCAUGUUUCUGGGCUUUUUGCAGUUGCGCUCCCCCUCCUUCAACUUCUGCGUUAGCGUUUUUGUAUUUAUCUCUUUGCCGAUCAGUUUCGUUAGUCAAACAAUAACCGAAGCGGCUGCAACUUACAUGCACCAUGAUUGCUUAAACGCCAUCACCACCCCCGACACCACGUACCGAUUUAACCUCAAUCACCUCCUCGCUUAUCUCUCAUCUAACGCCACCCGCACCACCGGAUUCUACAACGCGACCGCCUCCUCUGGAACCUCCGAGGACACCGUCUAUGGCAUGUUCCUCUGUCGCGGUGACCUCCCCGCCGACGCCUGCCACGACUGUGUUUCCGGCGCAACGAAAGACCUUGUUCAGCGCUGCCCCGAGAAGCAAGGAGCCGUUGGUUAUUACGAGGAAUGCACGCUACGCUACUCUAGCCGGUAUAUCUUCUCCAGUUCGGCCGUCGACCCGUCCUCUUUCAUCUCGGGCAAUAAGAGUAUUUCGGAGGCAACCCGGCUUGGCGAGCUUCUCAGGGCAACAUUCAGCGAGUUGGCAAGCGGGAUCUCAGAUCUUGGGCCUGGGGCCAAGAAGUUUGGAACGAAAGAAACGAGAUUCACAGCAUCACGAACCGUGUACACCCUUGUGCAGUGCACGCCGGAUCUGACGGGUUUCGAUUGCAAUAGGUGUCUUCGUAUAGCGAUGUCGUAUUUGCCGGAUUGCUGUGGUGGAAAGGAAAGUGCCUCAGUUCUCUUUCCCAGCUGCACAGUUAGGUACGAUGUGCACCCGUUUUACUUGAGUGUAAACGCAUCGGGGGCAAGGCCCACUCCACUUGUGCCUCCACCACCUGGAAAAAGUCGAAUCUCAUCACUGACUAUUAUUGCCAUUGUUGCUUCUAUUUCCGUCUCUGUGGUGCUAUUCGCUAUUGGCUACUGCUUCCUUAGUAAGAGAGCAAAAACAAAGUAUAUACAGGAGGAAAAUGGUAAAGAAAGUGGAGCUCCGGAUAAUAUUACCACUGUAGACUCCUUGCAAUUUAGUUUUGCUACAAUUGAAGCUGCAACAGAGGGAUUCUCAGCUAAUAACAAAUUAGGUGAAGGCGGAUUUGGUGCGGUUUAUGUGGGUACACUUACUAAUGGACAACGAAUUGCUGUGAAGAGGUUAUCGAAAAGUUCCAAGCAAGGAGGAGAUGAAUUUAAAACCGAGGUUGUAUUGGUAGCCAAGCUUCAACACAGAAAUCUUGCAAGGCUAGUGGGAUUUUGUUUGGAAGGAGAGGAGAAGAUACUUGUCUACGAAUUUGUUCCCAACAAAAGUCUUGACUAUUUUCUUUAUGACCCUGAAAGGCAAGGACAACUGGACUGGUCUAGGCGUUACAAGAUUAUUGUAGGGAUUGCUCGAGGAAUUCUUUAUCUUCACGAAGAUUCUCGGCUUAGAAUCAUACAUCGCGAUCUUAAAGCCAGUAACAUUUUGCUAGAUGGGGAUAUGAAUCCUAAAAUCUCUGAUUUUGGCAUGGCCAAGAUUUUUGGAGUUGAUCAAACACAGGGAAAGACCCGUAGGAUUGCCGGCACAUUCGGUUACAUGUCUCCAGAAUAUGCCAUGCAUGGAAAAUUUUCUGUAAAGUCUGACAUGUAUAGUUUUGGAGUCUUAAUUCUGGAGAUUUUAAGUGGCAAGAAGAUUAGUUCUUUCUCUCAAUCAGAUGGUGCUGGACACCUAUUGAGCUAUGCAUGGAAACAUUGGAGAGAUGGGACACCCUUGGAGUUGUUGGAUCCAUCCUUGGGAGAUUCUUACUCGAUAAAUGAAGUCACCAGAUGUCUCCAUUUUGGACUACUAUGUGUACAGGAUGAUCCAGCCGACAGGCCGACAAUAGCAUCGGUAGUUCUAAUGCUAAACAGUUACUCAGUUGCUUUGCCAUCGCCUAAUCAACCAGCAUAUUGGCUUCAUAGUCGAACAGAGCAAAAACUGCCAUUAAAGGAGCCGGAGGUGGAUCAAUCCACAAGCAAAUCAAUAUCAUGCACUGUCAACAGAGUAUCGGUUACCGAACUGUAUCCUCGAUACCUUGAUUUGCGACUGCGCGAGGACCAAGGAGCUAGCGAGGCGUUCGUCAUGUUACUGGGCUUGAAGUUGCCCUCGGCCUCUUCCUCCUCCAACUUCUGCGCCAGCCUCUUUGUAUUUAUCUCUUUGUUUAUCAGCUGCGUUAGUCCACCGAGAACUGAAGCGGCUGCAACUUAUAUGCGCCAUUUCUGCUUGGACGACAUCACGAACCCCAACAGCACCUACCGAUCCAACCUCAAUCACCUCCUCGCUUAUCUCUCAUCAAACGCCACUCGCACCACCGGAUUCUACAACGCCACCGCCUCCUCCGGAACCUCCGAGGACACCGUUUACGGCAUAUUCCUCUGUCGCGGUGACCUCCCCGCCGAGGCCUGCCGUGACUGUGCUGCCGGCGCAACCAAAGACCUUGUCCAGCGCUGCCCCGAGGAGGAAGGGGCGGUCGGUUAUUACGAGGAAUGCAUGCUACGCUACUCAAGCCGGUAUAUUUUCUCCAGCUUGGCCCCUGACCGUAACGAUUUCACCUCGGGCAAUAAGAACAUUUCGGACGCAAUCCGGUUUGGUGAGCUACUGAGGGCAACAUUCAGCGAGUUGGCAACCGGGAUUUCAGAUCUUGGGCUUGGGGCCAAGAAGUUUGGGACGAAGGAAGCGAGAUUCACAUCGUCACAAACUGUGUACACCCUCGUGCAGUGCACGCCGGAUCUGACCGGUUCCGACUGUAAUAGGUGUCUUCAGAUAGCGAUGUCGUAUUUGCCUGGUUGCUGUAGUGGAAAGGAAAGCGCCUCAGCUCUCUUUCCCAGCUGCACAGUUAGGUACAAUGUGCACCCGUUUUACCUGACUGUAAACACUUCGGGGGCAAGGCCUAAUCCACUUGUUCCUCCACCUCCUGGAAAAAGUCGAAGCUCAUCGCUGACUAUUAUUAUCAUUGUUGCUUCAAUUUCCGUCUCUACGGCGCUAUUCCUUAUGGGCUACUGCUUCCUUCGUAAGAGAGCAAGAACAAAAUAUAACGCUAUGCAGGCGGAAAAUAGUAAAAAAAGUGGAACUACGGAUGAUAUUUCCACUCUAGAGUCCUUGCAAUUUAAUUUUGCUACGAUUGAAGCUGCAACAGAGGGGUUCUCAGUUAAUAACAAGUUAGGUGAAGGAGGUUUUGGUGCGGUGUACAAGGGUACACUUACUAAUGGACAACAAAUUGCUGUGAAGAGGUUAUCGAAAAGAUCUAGUCAAGGGGGAGAUGAAUUUAAAAAUGAGGUUGUAUUAGUAGCCAAGCUUCAACACAGAAAUCUUGCAAGGCUAGUGGGAUUUUGCUUGGAAGGAGAGGAGAAGAUUCUUGUAUAUGAAUUUGUUCCCAACAAAAGCCUUGACUAUUUUCUAUAUGACCCUGAAAGGCAAGGACAACUGGACUGGUCUAGGCGUUACAAGAUUAUUGUAGGGAUUGCUCGAGGAAUUCUUUAUCUUCACGAAGACUCUCGGCUUAGAAUCAUACAUCGUGAUCUUAAAUCCAGUAACAUUUUGCUAGAUGGGGAUAUGAAGCCUAAAAUUUCUGAUUUUGGCAUUGCGAAGAUUUUUGGAGUUGAUCAAACACAGGGAAAGACCCGUAGGAUUGCGGGCACAUUUGGUUACAUGUCUCCAGAAUAUGCCAUGCAUGGAAAAUUCUCUGUAAAAUCUGAUGUGUACAGUUUUGGAGUCUUAAUUCUAGAGAUUUUAAGUGGCAAGAAGAUCAGUUCUUUCUCUCAAUCAGAUGGUUCUGGACACCUUUUAAGCUAUGCUUGGAAACAUUGGUGGGACGGAACACCCUUGGUGUUGUUGGAUCCAUCCUUGGGAGAUUCUUACUCAAUAAAUGAGGUCAUUAGAUGUCUCCAUUUUGGAUUACUUUGUGUACAGGAUGACCCAGCCGACAGGCCGACAAUAGCAUCGGUAGUUCUAAUGCUAAACAGUUAUUCUGUUGCUUUGCCCUCGCCUAAACAACCAGCGUAUUGGCUUCAUAGUCGAACAGAGCAAAAACUGCCAUUAAAGGAGCCGGAGGUGGAUCAAUCCACAAGCAAAUCAAUGUCAUGCACUAUCAACGAAGUAUCUGUUACUGAACUGUACCCUCGAUAG